AAUGACGAACGAACCAUCAACAACGAACAAUCAAGCAUUCGAAGUAAAAAAAGCUAUCGAUUCAGCCUUUACGGACGACGAAGAAGAUUUAAUUCCGUUAUCUUUAUUGUCCAAAAGACUACUGACAUCACGCUCAAAUAAAAGAACAUCAACGUCGGAAGACGAAUCAUCACCCAAAAAGAAAUGCGAAGGUUCUGUAACUGUAAAUCAUGCAGAAAUAUCAAAAGAGUUCAAUCGACUAAAAGAGCUGCUAGAACCUUCAUUCCCUUUAAUGCCAUCAAUUCGACCGCUCGUCGCUCCAGAUAUGGAUACAGACACUGAAACAACGCUCACGGCAAACGAAUCAGCAACAGAAGUAGAAAACUUCAACGAAUCUACAACAAAACCAACCAAAGUUACUCCAACAGCCCGAAAAUCCUUUGCCGCACCACGAAGUCCACCUACUCCACUAGCGUUCGAGCCGCAAACGCCACCUAUUUCAGAACCUGAUACAGAACCUCAACAAGAAAGACCAACAGUUCCACCAACCCUGGACAUCUUUAACUUCAAUUUAUCUGACGAUGUUCCGACUGUGAGUAGAGAUUUACCUAACUUCCCUUUUAACAUUCGACAAAAUGACCGUUUUUUUGAGACUUUACAGCAAAUUGGCUUAGCUAUUGAUAAUCUAAAAGAUUUUUCAUUAUCUCCUUCUUCUGACGAUGAUCUUUUUGCUACCUUUUUACCACAGUUGACUACUCGACUCGAACCUUUAAUGACGACAUUAACUGGACAGAAAUUUGGCAUAUUUACCAACUUGAAACAACUUUCAAUAUACUUAAUCGAUCAUUUUAUUUUCGACAUUCUGAACAUUUGCAAAUACCUUUUGACGGAUCAACUAACGAAAUACGAAAACAACGCCGCUCGACUAAAACACCUUAGAUCUACUAUUAAUAUUAACUACAUUAACAACCCUAAUAACCCAGAUUUGAUUGCCGAAUACAAACGGAGAAGAGCUACACAAAUUCAAAACAGCAGUUCAAUAAGAGAAAUGAUGCACACAGUUAACAAUGUCGCUUCAUUAAAAAGAAGUAUCAUAUACGAAGACCCGUUGUUCGAUUGUCACGAUGCAAUAAGAGUAACACUAUUGUGCGCAAUAGAUGAAAUCAUGUCAAAAACUGCCAUGACUGACGCUGAAAAAAUCAAAGACAUUUUUAUUAAUACGGUUAUGUAAAACCAACUAUAUAUGAACAUUUUUAACUAAGUAGAUUAGUAACUACAUUUUUUAUUAUUGAAGUAACUUUUCUUUAUAUAAACUUGAAGGCGUUGUAAGAAUUGUGAUCAUUUUGUCUCUAUCUUCAAUAUACUCAACAUUUUUUUGCAACAAAUCUAAAGCAGUAAAAUUUUCGAAAUUUCUCAAACUUUCAUUCAAAAGUGAAUCGGCAUAAGAAUGAAGUAAACUAACAACAGUUAUACAAUCAUCGUAUACUGCCAGAUGCAAAACUGACUCUUUUCGAUAAUUUUGCUUGUUUAAAUUGCAGCCACAUUCAACCAAAAAUUGAAUUACUUUGCAUUUUCUUUUACGAACAGCAAUCAUUAUAGGAGUUUCGUGAUUUAUAUUUUCUGCUUCAAUAUCGGCUCCAUUUUUUAUAAGAUGCUUUAAUAACCAUCUAUGUUCCAUCCAAGUAGACACAUCAGUUUCUUCAAUAUUUGGAAUUAUUCGAUGUAGAACAGUAUUUCCAUACUUAUCACGAUCAUUUAAACAUGUUGGAUCAUCUUUUACCAUAUAUAUAAUUUUAUCCAAUUGUGAAAGUUUUUUAUCAGUAACCAAUUUUAACAAUUCUGUCAACUCUCCCUUAUAUUGAAGCUUUUCCUCAAAAUACUGUAUUGAGAACUCGUCUUCAUCUUUCUUUUCAGAAAAACUCAAAAAAGAACCCAUAAUUUUAAACUUCAACUUUUUUUUAUAAAACUUCAACUAACCUUCAAUUUUUAAAACUUCAAAUUUAUACUCAAUUAAUAAAAAAAUUGAAGUUAUUUUAACUUAAAUACCAGUCCAACAAAAAUUAAAUCAAAGUUGUGAAAUAUUAUUUCUUAAAUAUAUAACCAUAUCUUUAAGAGUAGAUAAGUCAUCUUUGUCGGCUUUAGAAACUUCAAUUUCCUUUUGAGAACAUUUCUUCUCCAAAUCUUCUUUCAUUUUUACUGCAAGUUGUAACGCUGUUAAAUGUUGAUUGUUUUUCUUCAGAGGAUCAACAUUAGAACAAGAACUUUCAGAACGUCUCAAAAAAUCGCACCAAUUGCCAACAGCAUAAAAACCGUGCAAAUGUAAAGAGAUUACAGCUUUGUGCAAAACACUAUUUCCGUCGUAAUCGCAAAUAGACAAAUCCACCUCUUUGCGAAAAAGAUAAGAAGUUAGCAAUAUUUGCCCCUUCUUUAUGGCAAUCAUUAUAGGAGUUUCUCCAGCGUUAUUUUGCACAUUUAAAUCCACUUUAUUUCUUAUAAAAAUUUGAAAGAAAUAUUCCAAAGUUCCCCAAUCUUCUUUGUCUUCGUCCCAAUAUUCACAAACUUUAUGUAACAAUGUAUCUCCUUGUUCAUCUCGCUGCAUAAAAACUUCCCCAUUGUCGCGAACUCUCAUAUUUAUCAACAAACGUAAUCUCCAAUCUAAAAUAGGAGAAAUUCUUCUGUCAAAAAGUUCGAAGACAUUUCUUUUACUCUUACAGUACCUUUGAAGACCUUCAGUCGGAAAAUACAAAUCAGGAUGCUCAAGUUUGUUGUUCGUCUUUUCAGCCAUCUCAAGUUUGUUGUUCGUCUUUUCAGCCAUCUCGAUAAAAACUAAAAAAAAACCUUACGGACGGUCUUUUAUACAAUUUUGCCUCUGCGGAGCAGCCUGCCACGUGGUCUUAUACAGGACCCUACGCAGGAGCGCUAGGUUUAAUAUGCAACAGGUGGAACCCUAGUAUACACUACUCUCCAGAAGAUAGAUUUUCCAUCCCAACACCAAUUGCACAUGCGAAACUUUGCUUUAUAGUUCCUAGAGUUUUCUCUAUCUUCUUUUUCGCAUAUGAUAUGCGUCUAUGUUUUGGCAUGCCAUGGG